CCAAAUCUCAGAAUCCAAAUCCAAAUCACAAUUCUAAUAUUCCAAAUUGAAUUUAGGCCAAGUCUAAAGUCAAAUCCAAAAUCAAAAACUCCAUUUGAAUUUGUCUCAAAACCCUUUUCUUUUCUUUUUCUCUUUUCCAUUUUCCCUCCCGGGUUAAAUCUCUCUCCCUCUCUCUUCCCGCGCGGCCCAACCAACCGGCUAGCCAGCCCGGUUUUGUUCUCCCCCUCCACCACACGCUUGGGCCGCAGACACGCCGCUGGCCCAACCCUUCCGUGUGCUCAGCCCAGCUCUUGCUCACCCGCUCGCCACGCCCGCGCGAUGCACCAUCCACGUGUCACCCAUCCCGUGGUUCCCAACCGACACCAUCUCCUUCCUCCUCCAGCGCGACGUUGAGCAGCAUUGUCCGCCCGUACCACCGUGAUAACUCGUAUAGAGAAGUGGAACAAAAACUCAUUUUUAACAGCAGAAAAAAUAAUGCAUUGGUAUAACCGUAUAAUGCUUAUAACAAAUGUCAGAUCUACAAGCAGAUACUAAUAAAAAGUAACUUCAGGGCACUAUUUCUGUGCUCAUAAUUAUUUCAUUUCAUAUGUUGGAUGAUGGUUACUAAAUUUCCCAAUUCUAUGUAUUUAGGUUCUUGAGAUGGAUACCUACAGGUACCAUGGCCACUCUAUGCCAGACCCAGGAAGCACUUACCGCACCAGGGAUGAGAUUUCAGGUGUAAGACAGGAACGUGAUCCAAUUGAGAGAGUCAGAAAGUUGAUCUUGGCACAUGGCCUAGCAACUGCUGCUGAGCUCAAGGAUAUGGAGAAAGAAAUUAGGAAAGAAGUAGAUGACGCCAUUGCUAAAGCAAAGGGAAGUUCUAUGCCUGAUACUUCUGAUCUCUUCACAAAUGUUUAUAAGAAGGGCUUCGGCGUGUAGUCAUUUGGGCCUGACAGAAAGGAAUUGAGAGCUUCCCUUCCAUAGGCUGGCAACAAGGAAGAUGGGCAUUCCUUCUAAUACGAUAUGAUAGCCCGGAGAAAUAAUUAUUGGUGAAGAAAGCCUCGGGCAUUAAUGGAAUUUUUGUUGCAAAAUGAACCUGUAUAGAGAUGCGCUGUCAGGAGGAUUAGCUUGUUAUUUGUUUUGCUUCUUUUUUCCUUUUCUGCAAUUCAAUUUAACAGCUGCUGGCUGGCUUCUUAUUGAAGCUAGAGAUUU